AUGAAAAUUUCUCUCUAAGAUUUUGGAUUUCAUCAACCGAAUGCUCCUGAAGUCAAUACUCCUCGAUCUGUAGAAGCAUGUAGAAGGGAAGGAAUUCUACCCAGAGAAUUGGUUAAGACAUCUUUUGAGGAUUUUCAAAAGAAAUACAAAUUAUCGAAUUUGGACGCUAAAGGAAUUGAAACUUAUUAUAAACACUUUGAAGAUAAAAGAGAAUAAAAAUUUUAGGAUGUUAUAAAAUAAAGACAUAUUGUUAUAGAGGACGAAAAGCAAGGACUAUGGAAUCCUGAUGGAUUAGCAAAAAGCAAGAUGGUUUCUAAAUAUUCUUAAUAAGAUGUGUCUUCAUUGAUUGAGAAAGAAAAAUAAUAAAUUGAAAAAAUUAAGAAAAAAUAGUAAAAGGAAAUUGAAUCAAUGUUGGAGUAUGAGGUCAAAAUGUAAGAAAUAAGAGAAUAAAAUGAGAAAAAGUUAGAAGAAGAAAAAAUAAAAUAAAAAUAAAGAGAAUUAGAAUUGGAAAGAAAAAAAGCAUAAUAAGAGGAAAUAAAAAAAUAAAAAGAAAUUUAAAAAUAAUAAAAGAGAGAGUUAGAAGAAUAAGCAUUAAAAGAAAGAAUGAAAUUAUUAGAAUAAAAGGAAUAAGAAAGAUUAAAAUAAGAAGAAUUGAAACAAAGAAUAAGAGAAGAAGAGAACUAGAAGAAAGAGGAAGAAAAAAAGGCAUAAUAAGAGAAAUUAAGAAUGCUAAAUGAAGAAAACAUAAGAUUGUAAAUGGAAGCUUUAGAAAAACGAAAAAAAGAUAUGAAUGAAAAAGCAGAAUAAAGAAAGAAAAUGAUGGAGGAUCAGAAAGAGAAGAAAAAACAGGAGGCAGAAUAAGCGAGAAUAGAUAAUGAAAAUAGGAUAAAAUAAGCUAAAGAAAGGAAUGAGGUAGAAAUUUUGAGGGUAAAGUAAGAUGUUGAAAAGAAGUUGUAAAUUAGUGAAUAAAAGAGAAUAUAAUUCGAAGAAGAAAAAAAGAAAAAAUUAGAAUAAUAAAAGUAAGAGGCAGAGUAACAUGCAGAAAUGAUAAAAAAGGUUAUUGAAUAGAAUGAACAAUUAGAAUUAGAAAGAAAAAAACAAUAUUUAAAGAAAAUUGAUGAAGCUGAAGAAAGAAGAAAGUAAUUGGAUAAAGAAUUAGAGAAGGAGAAAGAGAAACAAAGGUAAGAAGAUCAUGAAAGAGAAUAAUAAAGACAUUAAGUAUUAAAGCAAAAUGAAUAAAGAUAAAAAGAAAAAAUUGAAGAAUUUUUGAAAAAGUUUUAAGAGAAGGAUGAAAAUCUAUCCAAAAUUUAACUUGAAAGGUCUAUAUCAUUAACUGAUAAAAGAAAUUAUGAGUCAUUAAAAAGGAUUGAUAAAAAGGAUAAUGUUGAGAGAAUAAUGAAGAAAUAAGAGUAUGAUAGAAUGAAAUUGUAGGAGAAAUUAAACGAGAAAAUGGAGAGAGCAGAUAAAAUCUAAGAUGAUUUAAAUUAAUUAUUGCAAUAAAGACAAAACAUGAGAAAAGAAAUAGAUAAAUAAAAAAGAGAUCUCCUCCUCAAAUUAGAAAAAAUUAAGGAAGGCAAAAUACCUGCGAAUGAGAUAUAGAAAUAAUUUGGGAUGUAAUCAACUAAUCUCAAUGUCUCCCAAGAAAAGCAACCUCUGAACAAAAGAAGAACACAAUCUCAAUCAAUCGGUUAACACAAUUUACUCUAAGCAAAUACUGAGAAACCUAACAAAACGAUAAGAAUUUCUAGACUCUCAGAUAAACUACCUGAUAUUAAUCAAUCUUCACAGUAAAAUCUUGAGCAAUCUUAACAUUCCAAUACAUAAAAGAAAAAUGAAUAGAAUCAAUCAUCUCCUACGAAAUCUUAAAAUGAAAAAAAAUUGAAUAAAAAGACUAAGAAAAUAGACCUUAGAAAAUCCUAAAGUCUAUAGCCUCCAAAUCCAGAAGUUCUUUUUGAACUUAAUUAAAUAAUUUAAAGAUAGAAUUAAGAAAUUAUGAGGGUCUUUAUGGAAGAACAAGCAAAUGAGAAUAAGAGAGAUCAAAUGUUAAAGGUUUGCAAACAUGAGAACAAAGCAAAAAUGGAAAAAAUCUACAGUAUGGAUAGGUAAAAAGCCUAAUAAAGAAUUCAAAAAUUAUAAGAAAAACACUUUAAGGAGUAGUAGGAAUUUAAAAUAGCUCAUUUUUUAAUUGAUUGA